AUGGGCACCGUCGUUGUUGCCAGGUCUGGGGAGGCGCCGGGUACACGUCGUCCGGGGCUUGAGGUCGACGAGGCCCUGCGCACACCGGCCGGACGUGCGACGGCGGCUGCCGCGUCCAGCGCCAAUCUGUUGUUGCUGCGGGAGGGUGCGGGUGGGGCAGUCGGCGGAGUGGACGGGACGGGGUUCGACGCGGCCGCGUACGUGCCGGGAGCGAUGCGCAUGCUGGUGGUGCUGGUGGUCUGGAGCCUCUGUCUGGAGGAGGUGCCAGCCGAGCUGGACACGCACGGGGCUUAUGAUAAGUUGACGCGGGAGCCGUACGACUGCUACGUGAGGUUGACCGCGCUCUCGCUGUAG